GUUCAGUCCGUUUUAAUGUUGCGUUCAGGUUCAGUCCGUUUUACAGUUGAAUUCAGGUUCAGUCCGUUUUAAUGUUGCGUUCAGGUUCAGUGAGUUUUGAUGUUGCGUUCAUGUUCAGGAAGUUUUGAUGUUGCGUUCAUGUUCAGUCCGUUUGACCGUCACGGUCUACAGGCAGUUUAGACGUUUGGGUCGUUCGCUGAGCAGCAGUCAGUUUGGUACCCUUAACCUUAAGCUUUUUAAAGUUCGAAAUCUCUCAUUUGGACCAGCCGGUGAACGCAGUCAUGGACGUACAGAACCAGAACCCGGAGCUCGUUCCUCAGCAUUUAUCUCCCAGCAGCAGGUUUUUCUCGCAUACAGACGGAGACACCGACCCCCGGAUGGGCUGUGCCUCCGGAACCAUCAUUCCCAACCGGAUCUUUGUCGGAGGAAUUGACCACAAGGUGACGGAGAACCACCUGCACCACAUCUUCUCUCAUUAUGGGACGGUGACGGAGGUGAAGAUCGUCACCUACCGCUCGGGGAUGUCGAAAGGAUACGGUUUUGUCACGUUUGAAGCUCCAGAAGAUGUUGAGAACAUCCUCAGCAAAGCUAACCAGAUCUGCUUCAGAAACAAGAAGCUCUGCAUCAGCCAGGCUGUCCAAAAGUACCAAGUUCCAGGACCGGCUUUGUUUGUGAACGUCCAUGAACCCUUCAUCCACCACAACACGUCCUGUGAGACCCUCUACCUGACAACACCUACAGGCUUCCCCUAUACCUUCCAUAAUGGAGUGGCCUACUUCAACUGUCCCACCAUGAACCAAGCAGCUCAUCACUGCCCUCAUCCUCAGAGCUUCCCUCAGCACCUCCAGUGGAAUGCUUUUCAGGUGCAGGCGCCCUCCACCGCCGUGCUCCACUCCCCAGAGUUCCUCUACCCGCUGGCCGAUGCAGCCUCCUUCCUGCCCUACCUGCCCGUCACGGAGAAUGCAGCUGCGCUGUUCCUAGAACCGACUGUGUCUCCGGUUUAUCAGGGAAGCUCAGCUCUGGUUCUGCAGCAUGACCCGGUCAAGAGUCACAUGCUGCCACCCCCUCGAGGUCACCGGAGGUCAAAAUACAGACGCUUCAUACCCCCCAAGAACUACUUCAACCCACUGGAGUCCUCUAACCUCUACUCUGCUCCUUAUCAUCUUCUGUAGCCAGGAAGGAAGCCCCGUCCACUUGUGGCCCCCCAGGAACUCCUGGGUUUUCUGCUCCUCACCGUGUAGAUUCUCCUAAACUCCCGUCAUGCUGGAGCAGGAAGGAUCCAGUGAUGGAAGCUGGUUUCUGGUUCUGAUCGAUGAGCCCGGAACAGGUUCUGGGUCCAGAUCUUUUGGGAUCCCUCUAAAAAAACAUGUUUCUUUCUGUGUUUUAAAACAUGAAGUCUGUGCUGUGUUUGAUCUGUUUGUAGUGACGCCAUAGUUUGUAAAGCAUCAGAAACACUUACUAAGCAUUUCUAUGUGUGGAGGCGGAGCUUGUCACAGAGCAGCAGAUCAGAACUCUGAUGGUUUUUGUGCAGAAACAUGAUGGAGUGUAAGUUCCUGUACACUCCAAACCUCUCCGUGUUUUCACGCCGUUUUUUUUCUCUAUGGUUGAAGGUCAGAAAGUCCUUUAGAUCAUCUGACCUUCUGUGUUUUUACUGUUGUUUUCUGAAGUUUUGUGAUCAAAAUAUGUUUGAUCUUACAAGGAAAUAAACCUUUCUGUUGGGUCAGUC